CUCCCUGCUCGUCUUGGGAGGCUCCUCCGGAUGGAGAGGUCGGUGCGCUCGAGAGGGAUUCUGCGCGCAGGGCGAGGGGAUUUCCUUUCCCCCUACUCAGAAGCAAGCGAUAGAAAAGACAGAACAAUCUGUACUUUCAUUAGUAAUCACAAAUAAACCAUUUAAAUUGUGGAAUGUAUAAUGCGAUUCAGUUAGUGAAAACGCUUAGUUCACGUCAAUGAAGUGAAACAGUGGAGACACCAUUUGAAGGCAUGGAUUGUGGAAAGAACUUCAGUGGGAGCGGAGCCCUUAGAAAACAUCAGCGAACUCACACAGGAGAGAAACCAUUUAAAUGUCUGGAGUGUGGAAAGAGCUUCAGUGAUAGCAGAAAACUAAGAAUCCAUGAAAGGAUUCACACAGGGGAGAAACCAUUUAAAUGCAUGGAGUGUGGAAAGAGCUUCACAGACAGUGGAACACUUAGAAGACACCAUCAAACUCACACAGGGGAGAAACCAUUUAAAUGCAUGGAGUGUGGAAAGAGCUUCAGGGAUAGGGAAAAGCUUACUGUACAUCAACGAAAUCACACCGGGACAAACCAUUCAGAUGUGUGA